AUGAUGUUGCAAGCAUCUUGGGUUUGGUACCUCACACCAUGCGUGCGCACAGCAGCGCUUUCUGACAGCCCGUUUAGUCCUCCAGACCCAGUCUUUGGAAUAGCAGGCCAAGACGCAAGCUAUGACUGUGUCGUUGUGGGUGGCGGCACAGCUGGUUUAACGGUAGCUGCACGGCUAGCAGAGAGUGACUCGUACAGCGUUGCCGUCGUUGAGACUGGGGUCUUCUAUGAGGAAGCAGAUGGAACCUUGAGCGUUAUCCCAUCAGAUGACGUCUGGUAUGCUAGGUCUAACCCAACAGACUCCAAUCCCGAGAUUGAUUGGGGCUUCGUAACGACUCCGCACAACUAG